AAGCAAAUCUCGAGAAUUUUGCUUUUGAACGCGUAUCCAAUCGCGUAUAUCAUACUCUGGAUACCUGGGAUCUGUAUUCGCCUCGUCGAGGCAUCAGGACACUCGUCUAGAGUUCUGCAAAUCAUGCAGGCAUCGACGCAGUUCGUUGGGUUUGCCAACGCAUUGACGUAUGGUUGGAAUGAAAGCGUGGCGAAGAGCAUAAGAGAGACAGUAACUCGAAGAGGGUUACAGUGA